AUGAAGACUUUAUGGUAUGGCGUGUUAUUAAGCGUUUUCUUAUGCUUCUUUGCACGUACACUCCAGACGAUGGCAGCUGGGGAAGCUAUGGGAAACGCCUGCUCAGUGGGUCUCAUCGGGAUACGCCGCUCAGCUAAGACCUACCGUCUGCGCGCGGACAAUCUAGUGGAGGUGCACUGGACGCUUGAUCUGCAGCUUCAAGCUGAGUCUGCGGUCGCUGGCGUUUCCGAUGGCGUCAAAAGAGUUUGUUUGAACCUUACCGACUACGAGACCGAUCGCCUGGUAUCCUUCACAGCUGUGCGGGAGCGAGGCGGGUCUGGGAAAAGCUCGGACGGCAAGGGUGUCCGCCACUCAGGCACGUUAAAGAUCCGCGCUUUUAACACCAGUUCAGGAUAUCCUGGACAUUUUAUGGUGCUGCGUUGUCCGGAUGAUGCUGCCUGCAACGAAGCGCAAGCGCUGAACAUAUUCGCUGGCGAAAGCUCGCGGAAUAAACCCUUGAAACUCGAACUCUCAUAUUUGCUCGUGCGAGGCGUUUGUCCUCUGGCGCACGUGCGAGCACUAGACGAAAGCUUCAAUCAAACCAAAUCGAAGCCGCGUGAUGCGCUCGUGCAACGAUACCGUUUCCGCUUGGAAUCGAUGCUCGUCAAGUCUCUGUAUCCUGUUCAGGAACAACGAUUGCAGAUACAGAAAGUAGCUUCACCAAGUGGCUUUCGUGCCCGACUCGUUGGCUCGCCAGAGGGCCUUGAGCCGGCAUCCAUCCGUAUCGCACCGGGUGACAUCGAGAAGGCAGCCUCUCAGGAUUCGGAAUUCGAUUUUGAAGUAAGAUAUGGCCCGUUUACAGAUGCAGAUCAUUCCAUGCUAGAGGCAGCACACGUGGAUUUGGCAUUCGAUGCCCCGUCGGGUCUCGAGCCAAGCGAUAUUGCACUCUCCGCUAUGGCGUUGGCGGGAACUUUUCGUGCGCUUAAGGCGAAACGGGUUCUGGCUGUAUCGCAUCGUGGUCAUAUCCAGGUCACAGAGACGAUGACUCUCCUGAAUGAUUACCCCGCAGCCAAAGAAGGCACCUGGUCCAGGCUCGACUUGCUCGUGGCCCUUCAGCAGAACCCCUUUGCUACACGCACGAUUCAAGAGUUUUUUGCCGUUGUUCCCGCGAACGCUCGCAACUUUUUUUAUCGCGACAUUACUGGUAACAUUUCGACCUCAGGAUUUCAUUCGCUGUCGCGUCUGUUGGCACCAUUUGAACAAUACAAGCGAUGGCAGACGCCAGAGGGAAAGAGGACUGUUGCUGCGCUAGGUGCGAAACGGAAUACACACCAGGUUUUGGGGCUACGGCCUCGCUUCCCGUUAGCUCCAUCAUGGAGGACUAAUAUCGAGUUCGGAUUCGAGGUUCCUGUUCGUGCCGGCGAUAUUUGGAAGCAUCUCGGAGGUGGUACGUUUCGAUUACACCAGGCGCUAACACCCCCGCUGCAUGGCCUUGUCAUCGAUGAUUUGGAUUUGUGGGUUGUUUUGCCCAAUGCCGCCGUGGUACUGGAUAUUCAGAUACCAGAUGAUCAGCAGUUGUAUACGCUAUCCAUUGAACACUGGAAAGGAUACGGCUAUCUCGAUUUCGUUCCGCGUACGGUGGUGCACGUCAGACGACGCAAUCUGGUGACUGAUCUGAGUCCGCAAACGGAUUCGUACCUCGAAAUCACGUAUCGUGUUCAUGCGUUCUAUGCGCUAUGGCUCAAACCGCUCAUUUUUGUCGGGUAUUUGAUCAUCGCAGUUGUGCUGUUAGCGUUGAUACCUCGGCUGCAUUUACGUAUUCGAAAAAUCUAG